AUGCCUUCCACCUCGACCAUAUGCUCAACUGCACUGAUUGCCACAUGCAUCUCAACGUUGGCUGCCCUGAGUAUCGCGCAUGACCUGCCCGGGGGCAGGUUUGGUGGCAAAGACGGCGGGCUAGGUGGAUUUGGGGUUGGGCCCGGUGGCCAAGGGGGCGGGCUAGGUGGAUUUGGAGUUGGGCCCGGUGGCCAAGCCGACGGGCUCAGUGGCCGAGGAGGAUAUGGGGUUGGGCCCGGUAGCCAAGCAGGCGGGCUUGGAGGUCUAGAGAAUGGUCAGUGCCUAGCAUCUCUGAAUGGUGUCCAAGGGUGCAUCCAAGAGGUCCUGACAUCCGUAUUGACACUUCAGUUCCGAUUGAUCGGGCCGGACUGUUGUCAGGCCAUCCUUAACAUUGAUGAUAAUUGUUGGCCCAAGGUGUUGCCUCUCAGCCCAAUAUUCCCCCUUAAGAACUAUUGCACGCAAAUUGUUCCAGGGUUUGCACAACCAGCCCCACCAACAGCAUAA